AUGACUGGAAACCCCUCUGGCAUCGACUUCGUGGAAGACACAGUCAACGAUUUGACUGAAAGUCUUAAGCAAAUGGACGAUGUCUCCGAUUUGAUCUGUUCAUUGCGACGAACUGCUGUUUCGGAGGCUGAUGAUGACGAACUUGCCUCCGAGCUAAGCAAUAUAUUGAGGUCGUCAGAUCCUGAAUCUUCAGCAUCCGUUACUACCCGGUCUCUUCCUGAUGCUCUGGAUGCCAGUCUAAAUGAAACACGGCUUGAUGGUUUGACGCUUCCCGAAACGAUCCAGAUUUCACGUUUGCCGAUCCUCUUUCAUAUUCGCUAUGCUCUCGAUUUCCAAUGCUUUUUACGGCGAUUGUGUAGGCUUGACAACUUGGUGACCCUAUUGGUCAGCCUACGACGUAUCGCCGUAUGGUAA